CAUUUUACAAAAAAGUGGGGAAGGUAAAAAAGGUGAAUACAUGUCAAAUAUUUCAAGGCUGCAGUGUGAUGAUUCCGAUUUUAAUAAAAGUGAUAACGAUCUCAACAAAUAACCCUUUAAACUAUUCUCUAAAUUUAUAUAAUUUGAUGCCUUACUAAUGUUAUGAAGUUCGUAUACAAGCGGGAAUCGGCAUCCCUACAAAAACUUGACUUUUAACAACAAAGGUUGCAGUGAAUUUGCAAUGGGUUAUUAUUGUACUGUACCACAGUGUACAUCACUUGCCGGCAAGACCAAAAAUGUUAAAUUCCAUCGAUUUCCACGCGACGAAACCAUGGCUGAGAAGUGGAACAUUAUUCUGAAACGCGGCAAACCAUUUACAAAAUACUCCAAAGUGUGCAGCCUCCACUUUACUCAGGCCGACUAUAACGUCACUACAAUGGGUAAGAAUAAAGGACAAUGGAAGACAUUAAGCAAAGACGCGAUGCCAACACAGAAUCUUCCCAAGUUGAACCCGGACGGCUCAGUAAUGGUCAUUCGCAAAAGUCGCACUGUUAAAUACAAGGAGAGUAGGAAAGACUCUAUCAGUGUUAAACCAGAAAAAUGGUGCUUAAAUAGUCCGUCAACAAUGCCAAUCAAUACUCCAGAGAGAAAUCUAUUGAAUGAAAGUUCAGAUAAUCUCGCGUAUCGUUUCCAAGCUCUCAACGCGAUCGCCAAUCACAUUUCACCGCUGCAGCAACCCGUCGACAAUUCGGAACAAAAAACCUGUCUACCCGUCAGACCGAAGAAGCAAGACGCGUACAUGCAGACGGACCCCAUUCUGUCAGAAGAAGAUGACACACAGCCGAACAAUAGUUACAGCGAGUCAUCAGAAAAGUCAUUGGAGUCAGACCAACUUGACACAUAUCCAAGCCAGUUGACUUUCCAAAGGGAAACUGAUAACUACGAAGAGGAUAUCAAAAAGUUCGACCUGCCAGAAGAUUAUACAAAAACAAAUGAAGACUUCAUACCACAGACUAACGAAGAAUACAAUAAAGAAGCGGAAAAAUACGCAUUGGAACGUAAAUCUUUAAAUGGCUACGAAAAUACCCAAGUGGAUGCGAUGUACCAAAAGCAAGUGAUUGAAAACGGGUUCGAGAAGAUGCCGGAAAUGUACGCGUAUGAAGACAAACAGGAAUAUACGAACCGCAACGAUAAUUAUAUUGCGUAUACGAACGGAUAUUCGAACAGCGCAGAGGUGUUAAGGAAUCAGCAGCACAAUCUGCAGCUGCUGCAGGAGCCGCAUAGGAUUACAGAGAAUCAGAACUUCUUUAACGAAAACCAUAUAAAGCAAGAGAUAGACUUUGGUAAUGAUGAUGACAAGUACUUAUAUGAGCGUACAAAGGAUCCGAUAGAACAAAACACCCUGUAUAAUGAAAAUCAAAGGCAAAUAGAGCAGCAGAGACUGUUGGAACAGUUACAACAGCAAGUUAAACAGGAGCAGCCAGAAGGAAAUAAUGCAUGUGAAAAUGUAAUGCAGCCUCAAAGCAGUCCGUAUUAUCAAGCUAAUGCUAAUAAUACAUCAGGUUCAGGUUACUUCGAGCAGGCAUCAAGACCAGGCCCCGAGCUGUUAAUAGCGAAACAGAACGCGUUAGCAGCACACACGCAGUUAUGGCAAAACACUAUGAAGAGACCAUUUUUCUACAGCGAAACUUUGCCAUACACAAAUCCUCAAGUACUCCAUAGAUAUGAGGAUUUAACGAGGAUUCUUCAAUGAGUUAAGAGACAUUCCGAAGUUUCAAAAUUAAUACUGUAAAAAAAAAGUUUUAUUUUCUAUACGACGAUAAUCUCUCGAAGGUAAAUUUUAUUAUUAUUACAUAUAAAAUCUCUUAUAGAUUUCUAUAUUUGAUAUUCUUUUGUACUGAAAAAUGAGAAUGCUCUUUCGGAAAGUGGUUUUAAUUUAAAUUGUAUUUGAAAUGUAUGUAUUAUAAAAUUGUACAAAUUUAAACGAAAGAUACCAUUUCUUGCUAAGCUUAAUUAUAUUGUGUCAUAAUUUUAAUUGUCAAAUUAAGAAUUGAUUUAUGAAAGCCAUACAUUACAAUUUUACUAUACCAUAGACUAAAUACUUGUUAAUGAAUCCCUUCAGUAUCUUUUUUAACACGAUGAUUUUAUCCUUUUUUUCUGUCCAUCUUAUAUUUGCGACCUAAAGGAUGGGAAAACAUUUACAGUAUUUGUUGAUUUAAAAAAAUAACAUUAACAAUUUUGACAGGCGACACUUGACAGAUGACAGUUGUCAAUGUAUGUGGAUAAAGUGGAAAUAUUAUUUUAGUCUAUGCUCGAAAAUAUGAAGACACGUGACUUAAUAAAUUGUAAUGUAUGGCUGGAUCUUCUUAUUUUAUACAUUUGAUUUUAAGAUGAGCAAAUGUGUCAUUAAAAUUUUAUUUUAUAGUCUGUGCAACAUUUUGUGUUCAAAAAUUAUUUUUAGCUAUGUUUUUAUUGUAGAUAGUUUAUUUUUUUUAUAUUAUAUUAGAUAUUUAUACUAAAACGAAAUAGAAUGAAAUCCAAUUUAGUUGCCUUUUAAUUUUAAUGCAAUAAAUAGAAAUUGAGUCAAUUUGAUGUCAGAUUUGUCUUGUUAAUACUUUGUGUAAAUCGAAAAAUAGAAAUUAAAAAAAAAAUGUUUUUCUAUACCCAUGCGACGGUGCCAAAUUAAUUUAUCUAAUAGGUUUCGUGUAAGCUUUUAUACAUGAAAUUAUGUAUUUCAAAAUAUCCCAAAAGAUGCACAGACUAUAAAAGCUGUAUAAUGUUGCCAUUAGUUUUAUAUUUUUAGAUUUUUUAUAGAGUAUUGUUUCGAUUGUUUCAUAUUUUUUUGUUUCUGCACAUAAUUGAGAAAACUGUUAAGUAUUUUAUUUGUUUUUCUUUUUAUUAUAUGUACAUUUAAAACAUAGUUACCAUUUAGUAAUUUUGAUAUAUUUGUAUUGUUUUAUAUUUACAGUUUUUUUUCCUAUUUUGACGUAGAAUUUCUAUGUAUAAAUUAUCUAUUUUUUUUAUUCUUGUCAUGCGAAAAUCUACUCGUUCAAUACUCGACGUCGUCAAAAUGAACAUUGACAUUUAAAAAGUUAUAAUUUUUAUUGCACGUUGUUUUCGUAAAAUUUUAUAUUGUUUAGUUUUUAUAUUUUACUAAAACAUUUAAGCCCAUGACUUCUUAAGUCGAUUUUAGGCAGGUUAUAUUUAUGUUGAAUGGUGUAAACCACUCAGUAAAUAUUUAAGGGAAAUCAAUAAGUUGCAUAUUAUAAACGAUUUAUGUUUUCUACAUAGGUAACAUGUUGAAUGUGAAGUUAGAAUUUAAAUUGCUUUUUUAAUCAUGGUUUUUAAUUGAGUCUAGGAAAAAAAUCAUGUUAACCUUUGCUUUGUACCAUAGACAUUUGACAGAUGUCAAAUUGAAAAAAAUAUGGCGGGAAGGUAAAUUAACGACGGUGUUGCGAUGCAAUUUACUAAACAAUUGAGGAAGUGAUAUUUUAUCGAAUUUACGUGGCAAUUGUAAUAUUGACGAGUAAAUAUUAGCAAAUAAGGGAAGUUUCCGUUUCGUUACAAUUUUUUUUUCGUUAACUUAAAAAGUUGGUCUUGCCAAAGUUUUGACGUUUUGUUAUCUUUAAAUUCUAAAAGUUGCCUCAAAGUCUGUAUUCUGGUAAAUUAAAAUAGGAUAACGAUCCUUAAGGUAAGAAAAAGACUUUGAUGUUUAUGUUAGUUUUUUUUUGGUGCUCGUUGUAUUAUGUAUUUCUUCCGAAUUCUCUUGCAUUUUGUCUAGUUAGUUUUUUUAAAGAUGUGUAAAUGUUGAGUACAAUGUUUUUAAAAUCGUAGUACGCACAUAUUGUAGACGGAACGCUAGAGGUUUUUUUAAAGUUUUUUUUUCUAGUUUACAAACAUUUUAUUUACCAUAGAUUAUAAGAUAUUAAUAAGAUUGUGGGAUGGUAAGACAUUGAAUAAGGCGAGAGCGUAUUUUGAACUGUUUUUUACAACAUGCGAGUAUUUUAAAAGGUUUUCUUGAUUAUUUUCUACGGUUUACGUUUAUUCUCGAUAUGAAGUUGUAAUUAAAAUAUUAAAAAUCAGAGAUAUUUUAAUAUGUGAGAGAAAUAAAAAUGUUUAUAUAUAUUAUAAUUUGUACGCUCUAAACAGACCAAAGCUGUGAGUUAAUGUAAAGAUCAUUGAAUAAGGAAUAAUUAAUAAUAAUACUAAUGCACACAUUGAAUUCAAUCCAACAUUAGGUCUCCACUGUUGCAAAACAUGUAUAACAUAACUGUCUCACAUCCUCUUUGAAUAAAACAAGUCUCAUUAUAAUGUAGAUUGAAGUCAAGUAAUGUAUAAUUUUAAAGAAUUAUAGCCCAGUGUAGUUUUAAUGAGAAAUUUAUACUUGUUUAUAAAAUCGUCAUUUAAAACCUGUUUUGAAAUAGUGAAUACUGUUUUAAAACAUGUUUCUAGGUAGAAACUUAACAUAUUGGUAUUUACUGUUUUCGGUUAUGGCAUUGACAACCGAAUUUUCUGACUAAACGCUACAUAUGUCGCUAGACCCCUUCAAGCUUCCUUCCAAUAAAAGUUUUAUAAAAACUGCACCAGCAGUUUUGAAUUACCUAAAACAAAUGCGGAUAGACAGAAAGUAAAAACAAAAAAAAAAACAUUUUUAUAUGCAAACUGAUUUAUUUGCUCACGAUAAAAUCGGCGCAGGAACUUUGUACAAUGUUAAUAUGAAUAAUUUUAUUAAAUAAUUCGGAAACAUUUUACCUAUAAUUACACUGAAUAAGGGAUUGGAUGAAAGUUGUACAAAACGCUGUAAAUGAUGACGUCAUCCAUGUAUGAAGGUUAAUUGAAUGUGUGCAUUGGAUCUUACGCGAUUUUUAUAUGAAAAUUUUAAAUUUAAAUAAAGUAGGAAUUAAUUUGAGACUGUCACCGUAUUAAUAUGGAAGGAAAAUUAAAAAAAAAUGACAUAUAACUGUUUGUUGUUAAGUCUCUUGGUUUGAUUCUGAAAUUAAAACUUGGGUAAUUAAUUUAAAAAGAAAAUUGAAUGUAGGAAAUUAAUUGUUUUAUAAAAUUACAAAAGUAAGAAUGGAAUAUUUCAAUUUCUUCUUCAUUUAAGUACAAAUUAUAAUUAUCAAAACCACAUCCAUACAAUUGAAAGUACAAUUUUUAACACUAAAUGUGACAGCGGUAUUACUUAAAUUAGUGAUGUUUAUAAUUUUCAUAUAAAAAACGUGCUUAGUAUUUAAGAAGAAUGAAGAUGUUAUUUGCUACAUACAACAUUUUUGUUUAUAUAUUUUUUACAGCUGUGGCCAUUUUCAAAUAAAAU